GAUGGCAGCCGUGGGACAGAGAAGAGCGACGACACAAUUUUAAGAGUUUGGUCAUGAAACACACACCGGGCUGUGCAGCUGCGACACACACGGUUAUGACAUGACAGUGAUAUUAUUUGCUAACGCCAAUGUGUCGUCUUGGUUAGACAAUUGAAGGAUUGAGGAAUAUCAUGUUUUUCUAUGGGCUAAGCUAGCAAGCAGCGGUUAGCAAAUAAAUGAACUUGUCUCUUUUGCCACACGAGAGGAAAGCAGCUGCUCUGCGAAUAGUGUACUGACAUCUAGCAAGCUUAGUUUCAUCAUGGCCAUCACUCAGUUCCGUCUUUUCAAGAUUUGCACAUGUCUAGCCAACUUGCUUGCUUUCUUUAAAAGGUUGAUAUGCAGGAGUGGAAGGGGCCGCAAGCUCAGUGGUGAUCAAAUAACUCUCCCGACCACGGUGGAUUUUUCAUCAUCUGUACCAAAACAGCCAGAGAUUGAAGAAUGGAGCUCUUGGGAUGAAGAAGCUCCUACUAGUAUUAAGAUUGAAGGUGGCAAUGGAAACGUUUCUCCUGAUCCUAACAAUGAUGACGAAGAGCCGGACUACUUCAAAGACAUGACUCCAACCAUCAGGAAAACACAGAAGAUCGUGCUGAAGAAAAGGGAGCCUUUGAACUACCUGGUGCCAGAUGGCUCAUCAGGUUUCUCCAGCAGACUGGCGGCCUCUCAGGAUAUGAUGACCUUCACGGCUCCCUCAGCUGAACUGGGAGAAAUGGACACCUGGCAGGGGGACACAAAUGCCUGGGAAGAUGAGUCUGAUGCUGCCUGGGAGGCAGAGGAGGUGCUCAGACAACAGAAGAUGGCUGAGAGAGAAAAGCGCUCCAUGGAGCAGCAGAGGAGGAAGAUGGAGAAAGACGUUCAGAGGAUGAUGAAGAAGGAGCAAAAGAUUGCAGUCAAGCUCUCGUAACGUUUCAGAAAUGCUCAGUUUUGAGCCAGAGGGAUGGGUUGGAAAGACACUGAAUCAAUCAUUAGUCUAUCUUUAAAGUCCUCAAACCGACCAGGAUUAUUAUCACCCCACACUACUUAUGUGUUAGCAAACAGUCCUCCUCCUCCACCCUGUUUCCACCAGCAGCCAUUUUAGUCCGUUUUCCAGCUGCAGUGUAAAAUGCAUCAUUCUUGGGGGCAGAUAACACACCUGGUGUUCUCACUCUUCAUGUGGCAAGGUCAUCUGGUCUUCAACAGACAGUAGCAUUUCUACCAUCCAUUUUAUCUUAGGUUAGACUAAAGAUGAGAUGCAACAUUAGACAGAACCAUUUAGACUCUGAUUCAUUCUGUUAGGUAGCACAGGAAAAUGAUCUCUUUCAGUUUUCCCCAGGAUUAUAAACUGGUACCUGUACUGCUUUUGAAACUCAAACAGAGAGUCCUUUUCUUUGUCUUAUUUAUAACCUUGAAGGACAAAGGAGUGUAAUUAAUUUAAAGCAUCACUGUUUACCAGUGAUAUCCCUUGGUUUGCUUGGUUAUUGUGUUUUUAUAUUUAUGUCUUUCAUUGUCUGAAAACAGCUUUUUUUCUAAUGAAUGUUGCUUGAUAUUUCACGUCAUUUCCUUGUACUGUGCAGCCCUUUUACACUGGAAAUCUGCAUUGAAAUUAAGUAUGGAUAAAUGGCCCAAAGGACCAUAGACUAGAAUCUAGCCCAACUAUAAAUGCUAGCUGUGGGUUCCUAUGGUAAUCUCAUGGCUACUGAUGUGUCAUUCAUGCUCCUCCUCUGUCAGCUUGUGAUAUUGAGGGAAAAUAUCCAAUGAACACUGCAUUGAUUUUUGUUUUUGUUUUUGUUUUCCAGCGGGAGGGAAUGUUUCUUUGCUCUUGAAUAGUUGAUACAGUAACUGCUGGGAUGCCAUCUUUAUAAAACAUGCAUUGCCAUGACAGCAUAAUCUCAGAGCAGUUAUCUUAGCUUAUAAGAAAACAAAUUUCUUGCUUCCUUUCGCAUCUGAAAAUGUAAGGGUAAUUAUUUUUAAAGGCAGUGGUUUUGAUUGAGUAUCCUGUUAGGCUUCAUUGUAAUGGAAUAACUGGUCAGCGUUGGAAGAAUUGGUACUAAUGUCAGACCGCAAGCUGUUGUCAUGGCAACAUUUGCAGGUGGAGUAAGCCUUGAUCAACUGAAAUGUGCAGACAUUAUGCAGUAUUUCUGUAGUUAGAUGUCUUUGGACUUAAGAUAAAUGGACUGAAAGGAGGUUGAGGUUAGCAGGUUUCUAUACUGAAUGUUGCCGUUAGACAAACUUUAACAGCAGUGUUAUGCAUAAAAUGAAAUACUGGAUUUAAUGUUAUCUAUCAAAUGAUUUAUUGACACUGAUCAGGUUUAAAAAGUUAAAUUGAAAGCUUAUCUUAAGGGAAUUCAGCAAACUGUCUUUGAGGAUUUGCUCUUCAUCCAACUCCUUUGAUUGAGAAAGGCUGCAUGUCAUUAUUUAAUGUCAUUAAAGUUUGUUUUCAUUUUGCACAUUUAAUUUAACCAAAAAUGAAUCAUGGAGGACCCCCUGUUUGUUUUGUCAUUGAUAUGUACAGUAAGACUUGUUGUAAUUGUUGUGGUUGAGCACAAAUGAGGACUUGGCAUUGAAAUAAGGAGUUCACAAGCUCAAUCUAGAGAGAUGGCAGACUGUGUACCUGCUGUAGUCCCACACAGGUUUUUAAUAAAAUGAUUUGAUUCAUACCGCUAGAGGUCGACAACUUUUAAUAAUGAUAAUGAACUUGAUUUAUGUUGCACAUUUCAAAACACUGUGUUACAGAGUGAUUUACAAUAAAAAGAACACAUUCAAAACAGA